UCAAUAAAGGAAAAUAAAAGUAGGCCCAACUCCCAAUCCUCAACAAGGUCCAGCAGGUAGCCGCUAACCCUGAUGCACUUUCAUGUUAUAGUAGGAGUAAUAUUUAAGACCAAAGCUAAUUCACCUUUAUUUCCACUUUGCACUUUCAUCGCUACCAAAAUACCCUAAAAGUUUUUUCUGCACAUACAAUUCUGCGGCGGCGACAGAGGCACCUCUACAUCGGCUUCUAAGUACCGUGUGAGAUGGCUGGAAGGAAUCGCAUUCCUCGGGAAGCAUUUGAUAACCGUCGGGGCUAUCCUGCAGAAGGACAUAUUGCCCGUGGUCCGAUGCCUCGUCCGAUGCCUCUUCCUGCCUUAUUAGAGGAAGAGCUUGAAAUACAAAAUAUUGAGAUACGCAGGCUUUUGGGUGAAAACCGGAGCCUUGUUGAAGAUAGAGUUGUUCUGCAACGUGAAUUAGGUGCUGCAAAGGAGGAACUGCACCGUAUGAAUCUCGCGAUAAGUGAUAUUCAGGCGGACCAUGAAGUUCGCUCAAGAGAACUGAUUGAACGCGGUUUGAAGCUGGAAGCAGAUCUGCGAGCUACAGAACCUUUGAAAAAUGAGGCUAAACAGCUCCGCAUUGAAGUUCAAAAGCUUAAUAUUAUUAAGCAUGAUCUCACUGGCCAGGUACAGACCCUCACCAAAGACCUUGCCAAGCUACAAGCUGAUAGCCAACAGAUUCCCCAUUUAAAGGCUGAGAUUGGUGGACUGCAUCAGGAACUUUUGCGUGCUAGGUCUGCAAUCGAGUAUGAAAAGAAGGCUAAAGUUGAACUCAUGGAUCAGAGACAGGCAAUGGAGACAAAUAUGGUUACUAUGGCACGCGAAAUUGAAAAGCUGCGUGCUGAGCUUUCUAAUUCCGAUGGUAGAGCAUGGGCUGCAGAUGAAAGCUGGAAGCAUGGUUCAAUGUACUUUUACGUUUAUCUUGCUGCCUUAUUGCUAUGGGAGGACAUUUGUUGUACAAAGUUGGGGUGUGACCUGUUGGCUGUCGGAGCUCCAUGACGAUCUGAUCUAAAGCCAUGCCUAUGAUAAAGAUGGGUCUAGGAACUCAUGAUGCUCUGAUUUUAAGUCAAUAUGAGUUUGGGGUAUUUUUUAAUGAGAUGUCUGAAAGCAAUUUAAUUGACAUCCACUUGGUGCCUGAAUUCAAGGCUGAGUUCUUAUGAUUUGGGAGGGGCUUGUGACUCUGAAUCAGCUCCCACACCAUGGCAUCCUGGAUAACCAAAUCAACAUCCGUGCCUCACAUAACAAAAGAUUCAAAUGGACUACUUCCCAUGCUGUUAUAGCAGCCAGCCCAUACAUGAGAGGUUGUGCUUAUGAGCAACAACACAAAGUUACGCAUUUUUAUGCUCCCAGAGAUUGUGCUUGUGAGCAGCAACAUUAAGUUACGCAUGCAAAAGUGGGAUUCUAACAUUGAGGGAUAGGAAAAACAGCUCGAGUGAUUGUGAUACAGGCGAUAGCCUCACUGUUUAUCACCAGAAGUUGAGCUUCUUUAGUCUUCCAAAUAUGCUUUUUAUUGCAGAUAGGGCAUGCUUUUAUGGAAAUUUUGGGGCCGUAUGCCAGGGUCAAUUUCCUCGAGAUUGCAUAACCACUGAUUAGUAUACAACGUGUGCAUGAUUGCAACAGCAUACUUAGGUUCAAAAAAAAUAUAAUUUCAAUCAUUUGCUACAA